ACAUGGCGGUUCAGGGCCAGAUCCCAGUACCUGGUUGUCCCCGUCAUCAGGGGAAAGGAUUUAUUUAUGUCUGUAAAUCGUGUGACGAUCAGCUGAUUUGUAUGGAUUGUGGUACAGACAGUCACAUUGGUCACACAUUCGGAAAUCUUGCUGAAUAUGUGACGAGCCAGAAACAGGAAAUACAACAGUAUGUUGACAAACUCUCCAAGGUCGACAUUCCGAAAGUUCAGGAAGAUAUUCGGGAGAAUGAGACAAACGGGGGAAAAUAUCAGGCAGUUAUCAGAGACAUUAAACGUCAGGGGGAAAAGAUGAAAGACGAUAUCGACAGAAAUAUCGAUAUGUUAGUGAACAUGUGUACCGAGUUAGAAAAAUUAAAUGCCAGUACUUCUGAGAAAAACAAAACGGCAUUAAACAAACAUCUGACCGAGGACUUGAAUCCGAAACUGAACAGAUGCCAGGAAGUAUUGGAAAAUGGCAAUACGGUCGACAUCACAACGUUAGUACGGGAAAUCAGGAAUACCUCCACUGAUCCACCUACUCCCGGUAGAUUACAGACAGUGGAAUUCAAACCCGGAAGCAUAUCUACUGAAGUGUUGGAACAUAUGUUCGGUAACAUACUCGUCGACGGACAGGAUCAGUCAUACAAACCGAUUCCGACCCCCGUGGUUCUUGACGAGUUCAAGACGCCAAUUUCUUGCGAUGUAUGUCGUAGGGGUCUUACUGGUGACGAGGCGUGGCUAUCGUACUGGGACAGUGAUAGUGUGUACCGGGUGGAUACUGAAGGCAGAGUGAAGGAGAAGAUCGAUUGUAAGGUUAAAGUCGAUUCGAUAUCCAUAUCCCCGACAACAGGCAGGGUGUGGUUCUGUGUGUGUGAUGACAGAAGUAUCUGGGAAAUCACGACAGGUGGUGAUAUUGUUCAACAAUUCAACGUCACCGACACGCCACGUGCUCUUUGUAUGACCAGUGAUGACAUGGUAGUGGUGGGGAUGAAGGGAGGAAUACAGCUGUUCACUACAGACGGACGGGCGGUAUCAUCUAGAGCAGGAGGUCCUUGUAGACAGGUGGCAGUAUUUCCUCAUCACAUGACGUCAUGUAAACAGACCAGUGACGUAGCUGUUGUUGACCGUGAUGACGUGUUUUUUGAUAACUACAUGGCUGGUAAGGAACCAGACAAACAACCGUACGUCAUCGUGAUGGAUAAACACCUGAACCUGAAGUUUCACUGUAAAGACAUCAGUACGACCAAUCCAAACCGAAGUUCUACUCAGUCAUCAAAGUUUUAUCCGUUUGAUGUUUGUUUUGACGGAGCUGGUGAUGUCCUUGUAACGGAAUGGAUCACCAAGUCAGUACUACUGAUUGACAGGAACACUGGACGCUGUAUGAGGACUAUUUAUACUGACGGAGCUGUACCUAAGUGUAUCAGUCUACACGAGGACGGUACAAUUUGGGUCGGACACAGGGGCAGAAGAAUUAAGAUAUUACAAUACAAAUAUACAUAGACAUUUUGUAUAUAACACUUCACUAAAUAGGCUACACCGACCUCGUUUCUCUGUGCUGUACCAGACGUAACCGUAAGUACA